GUUCAGUUUACGAAUGCAUUUCAAAAGAGACACAACAAGUUAAACGCUGUUCGCGUUACAAAUUCAAGUUCUGAUAAUCUCACAAUAUGUUUUGGAUUCUACUUUUCACCAUUUCGCUGGUGCUGCUCGUGCAAUAUGUGCGUAGGCGUUACACACACUGGCAACGUGAGGGCGUGGUCGAGGAGAAGGCCAAGUUUCCCUUCGGCGUACUCGAUUCGGUGGUGAAAAGUCAGCGGGGUUUCGGUCUGGCUGUGUACGAUGUCUAUCUGCGACACAGUGCAAAGAUCGUAGGCAUCUAUAUGAUGAACAAACCCACGUUGCUGGUGCGAGAUGCUCACCUGGCGCGGCAAGUGAUGACCAGCGAUUUUGGUAGCUUCCACGAUCGUGGCAUCUAUGUGGAUGAGAAAAACGAUCCACUGUCGUCCAAUUUGUUUAAUCUGCAAGGCGCCUCGUGGCGCAAUCUGCGCAGCAAAUUGACGCCUUCGUUCUCGUCGGGCAAGAUCAAGGGCAUGUUCGAUACCAUCGAUGAUGUGGGCGAGAAGCUUGUGCAGCAUCUGCUGGGUGUCAUUGAGCGGUCGCCCAAUGAUGAAAUCGAAAUGAAGGAAAAGCUCACCACAUAUGCCAUUGAUAUCAUUGGUUCGGUUAUCUUUGGCCUGGACGUGGAUAGCUUCUCUAGUCCCAAUAAUGAGUUUCGUGCUUGUAGCGAUACGUUGCUCAAAAAUGGUUCCGUGCUAAUGAAGAUCCACAACAUGUGUGUCUUUAUCUUUCCACCACUGGCCAAGCUCAUGAAUCGCAUGGGCUUCGAGAACGAGGUGCUGACCAAGCUGCGUGACAUUAUGCGGCGCACCAUUGAGUUCCGUGAGAAGAAUAAUGUUGUCCGUAGGGAUCUGCUGCAGCUGCUUAUUCGUCUGCGCAACACGGGCAAGAUUGGCGAUGAUGACGAUGAAGUGUGGAACAUUGAGACGGCACAGAGUGACCUCAAAGCCAUGUCCAUUGAGAAGCUUACCGCUCAGGCGUUCGUCUUUUACAUUGCCGGCUCGGAGACCACCGCAGCGACAGCAGCAUUCACACUCUACGAGUUGUCCAUGUCCCCGAAGCUGCUGAAGGAGGCUCGCGAUGAAUUGGACGCGGUCAUGGAGCGUCAUCAGCUCAAACGUGGCAACAAGUUCACCUACGAGGCAGUGCAGGAUCUCAAGUUCUUGGAUCUGUGCAUUAAUGAAACUGUGAGAAAGUAUCCUGCAUUGCCCUUCCUGAAUCGCGAGUGCACACAGGAUUUCAAAGUGCCGGAUGGCGAUUAUACCAUCAAGAAGGGCACUCCCAUCCUCAUCUCUUUGCUUGGUAUUCAUCGUAAUGCCAACUACUUCCCCAAUCCCAUGGACUACGAUCCACAUCGCUUCGAUGCCGACAUCAUGAACUACGAUCAGUCAGCUUAUAUGCCAUUUGGUGAGGGACCUAGACACUGCAUUGCUCAACGCAUGGGCAAGGUCAAUUCCAAGGUGGCUGUGGCCAAGAUACUGGCCAACUUCGAUUUGGUUGAAGCGCCUCGGAAAGAAGUCGAGUUUCGCUUUGAUCCAGCUCCUGUGCUAAUGCCGGAUGGCGGUUUGCCUCUGCGCCUGAAGAAGCGACUCUAAUCAAAAUGCAAACACAAAUAAUGUAUCUAAAUGUUUAUUAAUAAAGCGCAAAUGCUUCAAACUAAAAGGCUUUUCUGACAG